AUGGGACUUGGAAACUCAAGUCUGUUGAAGAAGGAGAAAAAAAUGUUGCUGAGAACAAACUCUGUUUCUGUUCCUGUCUCUCCCUCUGACACUCUCAGAAUGUACUUCCAGGCGGAUGUAAUGUUGAAUGAAGCUGAAAUUCCAAAGGUGAGUAAGGCAUUAGAGGGAGCCGAAGGCGUUUCUAACUUGAAGGUUCAAGUCCUUGAGGGUAUUGGUACUGUUGAGUUAACUAAAAAGACGACGGUCCAAGCUACCGGAGUGGCAUCCAAUUUGGUGGAGCUCAUACAGGGUGCAGGAUUCAAGUUACAAACAUUGAAUUUGAGCUUCGAUGAUGAAGAAGACAUUCUUGCAUAGAUGUCGUAUUUAGAUUUUGAAAAACUUGUCGUUGAAGUUCUCUGGCUCUUUUCUUUUG